AUGCUCGACAAGUUUGAGCCUGACGGAAAACUGCGGGGAGGCGAGUCGGUUCCGGCCAGUGCCUACAACGACUUCUACAAGUGGACCAUGCUGCCAGUUACCCGAGCAGUGGAGCGAGGAGCAGGUGCUGUGCAGUGCACAUUCAGCGCCAACAUCCGAGACGCAGGGCUCAGCAAAGCCCUGGUGGAAGCGGCAAGGCAGGACCCGCCGGGUCCGCUCUUCGACUGCCUCAAGACCGGUCUCCAGGAGCUGGCAUCUCGGCCCUUUGAUGUGGCGAUCUUCGACCGCUGCCGAAAAGAUUCGGCCCUUCCGGGCUGGGACGACGAGACGCUCGCUGCCGUUUGCGGCACGGCUGAGUGUCCUAGAACACUGGCGCAGGAGGUAGACGUCGACCCCAAAGGUGCUCGACGGUUACCCACAGAUGCCAACAACGUGCUGUUGCAGGCAUUUGUGGGCCAUGACAUCAAGUCUGGCAGUGAUCGAGUCUAUGUUGAAGCCACAGGUCCCUGGCACAAGGUCACGUGGCUGGAGACCAGCAUGAUGCAAGUGAUCUACGAAACGUUCUUCCGACUACGGAUGCGGGAGAGGUACGGCUCAGAGGACAGCAGUUGGUAUGCUCGGUGGUUGGCCGAAGCAUUCAUUCGCUCUGCGAGGAGCGUCCUCGCCGCCAAGGCCUCCAAAAUGAGAGGCGUAAUCAUGACAGGAAGACGGACUGGUGGGCUGGCCCUCAUGAUGCUGCAGGGGAUGUUCAUUCAGAGCACUUUCCAUGAUGCGGAAGGAAAAUCGCUGUGUCUAGGAACUUCCUCCGUCACGGCGCACUACUGGCUGAAAGACGCCGGCGUCCGAUGCUUACAGGGUGACG